AUGGAUACUGUUUACGAAUGGAAAUAUAUAGAUUUUGUUUGGGAUUCUGAAGAUAUAAAGCAACGAGCCAUCGAUUCUGGCGAGUAUGACCACACUCAAAUUGUACCUAUGGAUGUUGAUAAAUCAUCAGACGGACGUGUAUUUGUAACUUUCCUUGGAGCGUACGGUGUACCUGCGGUUUUGGGAAUAGUAAGCGAUCAAAUGGGACCUUCUGGUCCUUUAAUAAAGCCAUAUCCUGAUUGGUCUUAUUAUGGACAAGGGAACUGUGACUUUAUACGAAACGUAUUCAGAAUAGCAAUUGACAAGUGUCAGCGAUUGUGGGUACUUGAUAACGGUUGGUUAGAAAAUGAAUCACCACAUACCUGCGAAAAAUUGAAUUGUCAAGCACAACUGCACGUAUUCAACUUGAAAACCGAUCAUUUAAUUGAUAGAAUCAAGAUCCCUGACUAUAUUACUCAUGGUGCGAAUGGCGCUUAUUUGCUGGCUACUCCAAUUGUCGAGACUUAUGGCGAACAAUGUGAAGAUACAACUGUUUAUAUUGCUGAUACCUAUGGUCAUGGAUUGAUAAUAUGGAACAAUGGAAAAUGGUCCCGUUUAGAAGAUUCUCGGUUCCAGCCAGAUGAAGGUGCCGAGAAUAUCACGUCAGGCGGUGAUACAGUAAUUUGGCCUUCUGGCAUCGUAACCAUGGAUAUUUCACCACAGAUUUGUGAGACCGAGCCAAGAGAAUUGCACUUCCACUCUUUAGCGUCAUUCAGUCUGCACAAUGCAAAAACCAAUGAUUUGAAACGUACUAAUGAUACAUCGACUAUCAAUUUUGAAGAUGGUAUCGAUGUGUUGAAAACUCAAGCUAUAGGUGUUGCUUUCUCUUCUGGAGGUACUCUCUUUAUGGGGUUAGCUGCAGAGUCGGCCAUUUAUUGUUGGAAUAAAUACAAACCAUUAGAAAAGAAAUAUAUUAUAAAUGUUGCUCAAGACAAAAGUCGUCUACAAUAUGUCAACGGAAUGAAAGUCAUCCGAGGGCCAACUUUGGACGACGAUGAACUAUGGGUUCUUUCCAAUCGAUUUGUAACUUGGGCAAGUGGAAAUCUUGAUUAUGAAAAGAAUAACUUCCAUAUACUUAAUGGUUCAAUUAAGAAACUCACAGAUCGAACAGCUUGUGCAUAA